GGGGCGUUAGAAGUUUCAAAUUUCACGGGGCGUUUUGUUAAUUGUAUUCCGCUGCUAAUGAACAUCCAAUUUAGUCGAUUUGGAGCUGUUGGCUCAUUUUAAUCAAAAUGAGGAUACUGUGGUUGUUCGGUUUCUUUGUCAUCUUGAUGGAACGAACUAAUGCCACUGAGAAGAGGUCAUUUUCCGUGCAUGAAUGUAAGUCCAUCGAGAAUACGUCGAUGAUGAUGAAGUUGAAGAGACAUCUUUUUUGUGAUUAUGAUACCACCGUUCGACCGACUACCAAUCAUCAAGUGGUCACUAAUGUUACAGUGAAGCUUAUGCCAAAGUUAUUGGAAUUCGAUGAUUGGACCAGCACAAUGACCCUUCAUAGCUGGAUGAGCCUCAAUUGGAAGGAUGAACAUCUUAAUUGGAAUCCUAGCGAUUUCGAUGGCAUUUCUACUGUCCAUGUAAAUAGCGAUGAAAUAUGGGUACCAGAUUUAUCAGUUUAUAAUUCAGGUGAUAUGUCAUUAGAACAGAAUGGCGUUCCUUCAACCAAAUGUUUGAUCAUUAAUACGGGCUCGGUUAUCUGUAUACCGGCGUUGAGUUACGUGACCAGAUGUAUUACGGAUUUUACCUUUUGGCCUUACGAUAAGCAUGAAUGUCGUAUCAGAUUUGGUUCCUGGUCGCAUACUGGAGAAGAAAUCAAUUUUCACCUUGACAAGAAAGGAUAUGAGAUGGAGGGUUAUGCAAAUAACACGGAAUGGAGUUUGAAGAUUUUGAAUGCUGAAAAGAUCGUGAAAAAAUUCGAGUGUUGUCCUAAUGAUACCUUCCCUAUACUUGUUUAUACAUUUUCUGUCGAAAGACAACCGGGAUUGGUACAUGUUACUUUUGUUACGCCCGCUAUAGCGAUAGCAUUGCUAACGUUGACGGUUCUAUGGUUGGAUUCAGGAUCGACAGAAAGAAUAGCGAUGGCCAGCAUGAAUUUCAUUUGUCACUUACUUUGCAUUUUUGAUUUGCACUGGCAAUUGCCCCAUAAUGGUGAGAAUGUACCACACAUAUUAUUGUUUUAUCGAGAUUCUCUCGCGUUGGCUGCAUUUGCUUUGAUAUUAACAGCAUUGCUAAGAAAAUUACAAAAUAUGAAUAUGGAGACACCGAGUUGGAUCUCGUUCACGAUCUCCUUCGUUUUGAAUAACAGAGCAGGACGUUUUUUGAUCCUUACUGAUGAUGAAUCAAAAGCUUCGACCACUAGUAUAUUGAACAAUGAAACGGAUGAAAAUCCAGAUCUAUCGAAAGUAAAUGGCAGGAAGAAGGAAUCAUCUUGGAGACAUUUCGCUGCGAUCAUCGAAUGGUUAUCUUUCAUAGCUGUUGCCUUGACCUACGUGAUCAUUUUUACAAUUCUUGUACCUUCCGAUUAGAAAGUUUUGUAAAAAUAAUAUUUUUUUCUUUGCUUCUUUUUUUGCUUUAAUUUCUUUUUUAACGACUAU